CACUAUUAACCGCGAGAUGGAGGCCAAGCUCAAAUGGUUGACGGCGACCAACUGUACGGAAUUCGUUUCUCGAAAAUACCAUGAUCUAACUGACCUUAUCCAAAGCUCCAACCAGUUUCAUAAAGAUAUAAAAUAUAUUCCUUUUGCAAAAUUUCAAGAAUAUUACUGGAAUCUGUCACAUAGUAUAAAAUUAAUAAACGAUCAAUAUGGAUGGCAACUCUUGAUGGGUUUGUUGCAAAAUGUCAUGAAUUUUGUGAUCGCUCCGAUCGUUUUAAUAGUUCAAAUAACUAAUCCUGCACAAUGGGGGCCAGUAGACGUCAAAAGCGUGGUAAUUUGUAUUGCCUGGCUAGUAACUCACCUGCUGUACUUAUUUCUGAUGGCGAUACCCCCGUCUUACGCCGCUGCUAAAGCCGAAAAGACAGCUGUAACUAUAUGUCAACAUUUGAAUAUAUAUCUGGUGCCCGACGAUAUGAACUUGCUGGAAAUGUUUGUUCUCCAGUUGCACAAGUUAAAGCCUCAUUUUACUAUUUGUGGAGUCGUAACUUUGCAAAGAUCUACAAUAACUACGGUUAUUGGCGUUGUCAUUACAUACUUGGUGAUUUUUAUCCAAUUUCAAAACCGAGCAUAAACGUCAAAAGUCAACUAACAGUCUUAUUAGUACUCAUUUUAAAUUGUG